UGUAUUCCUAUGCUAAAGGCAUGCUUCACUCGCUUCCGUUUCUCGCUUUCGUCGCAAUCGUAGCCUCUCGAGAUCCACCACAGUCUCUUACAAGGUGCUAUAUAGAUGACCCAAAUUUAAGCGAAUGUAUCAAAAACGCUGCGUUGGAGGCGCAACCGCUGCUACGAAAGGGAAUUGAAGAAUAUGGAAUACCUUCAUUCUUUCCACUAAUUUUGAAAAAUUUUCAAGUCAACCACCAGUCUCAUGAUGCCAAUUUCACAGUGAGGGCGACAGACUUAAAAAUUUACGGUAUGGACUUAUACAGUCUUUCGGACGUACGAUUUUGUCCAAAAAAACCUAAAUUAAAAGGAAAACUAUGGUUUGGAAAUCUACAUAUUUUCUCAAAUUACGUUAUGAAUGGUCACACUAUCAAUUUGCCAAUCGUCGGUGAAGGUUUCUACAAGUCCAUCGUUUCACCUUCAACAAUUAACUUCGAAAUUACCGGGCAACGAGUCAAUGGCGAUGUUACGUUGGAAAGUGUUAAACUUGAUUUUCAAGUGGACAAGAUGUGGGUCCAGUUUGACGGUUUAGUGACAGGGGAAGGUCCUUGGGGUAACACGAAUGAGGUACUGGCAGAAAGCGAGGAAGCCGUUGCGAAGGCUCUAUCUCCAGUAUUUGGAAAAGUUUUUGAAACCUACGUCACGAAGUAUAUGCGAUGGUUGUUAGAAGAGAUUCCAUUUUCAACAAUCUUUCCCUGUUGCAUAAAUAAUAGCACGACAAGCAGUGCCUAGUUGAGCCCGCCUUCAUUUUCUAUAAAUGCCACUAGUAUGAUAACUGUCUUCUUUUCAGCUUACCGCAAAAAAAAUAAUUAAAAAGUCAAAACAAGGAAAAUACAGAGUGGGCUGGUUUCUCCAAAAUGUUGUUGCUCUUUUGUUUUUUAAGUUAAUGGGUUCUCACUCAAUAAAAUUUGUCGCUCUAUGCUUUAGCGUCGAGCUUUCUCCCAAACGUCCGAUCCGCCACCACUCAACGAUAACUUUAUUUCUUUUUUCUAAAUCCACGAUAAUCCCCUCUUUGGUGUCAGUUUCAAAACAAAUACGGUUAAUUAAUUCACUUGUAAGUGUUUUUUAAAUUAUAAACUCGUGCCCUCACAAAAUUUACUCUAAACUUGGUUUGGACCGAAUUUUAUUGUAUUUUAGUUUGUAGUUCGAACUUGAAAUUCCUAUGACUUUGUUUUAUUAUGUCCAAAAAAUAGCGAUCUCGCUACAAAUUUUAUUGAGGUAACCGACGUAGUUACUCUUUUUCAGUCGAAACCCCAAAAAAACGAUAUAUGAACAGUGCGGUUAACGCUCCCGAAGCCCAAAUCCGAAUGCCUUCA